UGAAAAUAUAUGGAACCAUUAAAUACAUGGUUUCUGUAAGCCGCCGGUUGAGUAUCGAGCGUGUAGCUUCCCUGUUGCCUCUGUGGGCUCGCAGGAACCAGCGAAUUAUCACAGGAAUCGUCUCUGGCGACAUUUGCAGACUACAAAGGCCGUACUUCUUCUCCUAGCUACAUCUUGUCUCGGCGUAUCCCGGCCUUCGAACCUCGUAUCCGAUCAACCCUCCACGUGAUCUGAUGGCGGAUCCUGAAUUAGAAGCACUCCGGCAAAGGAGAAUGCAGGAGCUGAUGGCUCAAAGCGGAGCUGGAAACCUUCAAAACCGAGAUCAACAAAAGACACAAGAUGAAAAUAAAAGAGAGGAGGCCGAGGAGCAAAGGCAAAUGAUGCUCAGUCAGAUUAUGACUUCAGAAGCAAGGGGAAGAGGUGGUGGUCCAGUUGCCCGAAUUGCGCUAGUGAAGCCCGAAAAGGCCAGAGGAGUUGAAGAUCUAAUACUCAGAGCUGCUCAAGUUGGUCAGAUUAAGGAGAAGGUGUCUGAAGAAAGGCUCAUACAGUUGCUGGAGCAGAUUAACACUCAAGGCACUAGACAAACGAAAGUAACAAUCCAAAGGCGUAGGAGCGUUCUUGAAGAUGAUGAUUAGUUCCAAGCGCCCUGUUUCAGUAUUUGAUUGUUGUAGUAAUUUAGCCUAUGCUUAAUCAUCUAUGGCUUACCUUUGUGCUUGGUCUGUCACUGUGUUCGCGUAGUGUUAGCCUAUACAAAACUCAUCUUACUACGAGUUUUGUAUUUGGAUCUUUUGGUUGUUUGAAAUCUGAAGAUAUUGUCAGAAACAAUGAUUAAAAUAAAAAAAUAGACUGAAACCAUGCUCUUAUUAUAG